UAACUAUACAAAAAACAAUAGAGCAUAAACUAACCUAUCACUUUAUAUCUCUCUCUUUGAAUAUAUAAUUGGUCGACGACGACACUUCUUCACCUUAUCUCUAUCCAACCAAAGCAUUACGUCUUGUUGGAAAAUAUGAGCGGAAGCACCCCUAGCGGUGGAAGUCCGUGCGGCGCAUGCAAGUUUCUCCGGCGUAAAUGCGUGGCGGAAUGCAUCUUCGCUCCCUACUUUGACGCAGAGGAAGGGACGGCUCAUUUCGCGGCGGUGCACAAGGUUUUUGGGGCCAGCAACACCUCUAAGCUCCUCUUGAUGAUUCCAGCCAACCGGAGACCUGAAGCCGUCGCAACACUUUCUUACGAGGCUUUGGCUAGGCUUCGCGAUCCCGUCUACGGAUGCGUUGGUCACAUCUUCGCCCUUCAACAUCAGGUGAUGAGUCUCCAGGAAGAGCUAGCCGUAGUCAAGACUCAUCUCACAACCCUUGAACGGUUCCCUCCGCAGCCUAAACAACAAAACAAUUCACAGGCAGAAGCAGCCUCUUCAACCAAAGCUCCACUCAUUGCUACUGCCGAUCAUAAGAACAACAACGUGUCUUCCUCCUUGUUACACAUUUAUGGUAUGUCACAAGAACAGCAGCAACAGCAACAACAACCACAGGAAGGUACUGAGGUCCCAAACGAGUCAGUGGAUUUUAGCACAUUAUUGGGCCUGGAAGAUCCGUUGGACAGGGACGGUGAUCUCAACACGCUUGCCCGUGAAUUUGUCUCUAAGUAUUUGACCGAUGGCAAAUACCGAUCAUGUUCUCCAAUAUAACUAUAUAUGUUAACUUCAGACGUCUCUGAUUUGCAGCGCAAGUCUCAUUCUCAUCUCUCAUCUCUCAUCUCUCACUCAUUGAGUCAUGACGUCAACGUGCGUGACAUACACGCAUAAAUCUUUUGUGUGUCGGAUUAUGGAAGUUUGUAUUUAGAGUGCCAACCAAGUGCGAUGUAGAGGUAACCGAAACCUGAAAUAUUGAAGCCCAACCCAUUUGUCUAAACGGCAAUGUUGUUAAAUUCCUGAUUCUUGCAUCCUUCCUCUUUGUCCUACAUUAGCGUUAGUCUCUUGUCUUGUUAGUUAGUAAUAUUAUAGUGUUUGAGUAAUUAACAGGGAAAAUCAGGAAAGUGGCCUCGAGACCUCGAAAAAUUAACUUGAAAUCAGGAGUAAGUUGA